GUGACAAUACAUUGGCAAAAUAAAGCAUAGUGUGUGCAUUUCGGCACGCGACAAAACUGCAACUUAUAAAAGCCCGAGCCGCAGUAUUACAUUGAUUAGAACCUCUUUCGAACUCGACCACGUAGGCAUCUUCGGGCCACAUCAUCCUUCGACGAUUCCAGUUUAGUACUCCAUCCAUAGAACCCCAGCCUCGAACCAGCUCAAGAUGCCUAAGCCACCAGUACAAGUUGGUGACGAUCCCGAUCCAUCCGAAUGGUUGUACAUUUCGGAGGAAAUGCGACGUAUCGAUCAGAGCAAGCCGUACGAUGGCAAGAAGGAUUGCUGGGUUCCCGAUGAUGCCGAAGGCUACGUUCAGGGUGAAAUCAAAGCCACCAAGGGCGAACUGGUCACCGUUGCUCUACCCAACGGCGAGACCAAAGAUUUCAAGAAGGAUCUAGUAGGCCAGGUGAAUCCACCCAAGUACGAGAAAUGCGAGGACAUGUCCAAUUUGACCUACCUCAACGAUGCCUCCGUUCUGCACAACUUGAGAGAACGCUACAGAGCCAGGCUUAUCUAUACGUACUCCGGACUGUUCUGUAUUGUCAUCAACCCUUACAAACGUUGGCCCCUGUACACACUGCGCGUCGCCAAGAUGUACCGAGGCAAGCGACGUAACGAAAUUCCGCCCCAUUUGUUUGCGGUUUCCGACGGUGCUUACGUCAACAUGCUAACCAACAAGGAGAACCAAUCUAUGUUGAUUACCGGCGAAUCUGGUGCCGGAAAGACAGAAAACACGAAGAAAGUCAUUGCGUACUUUGCCACGAUUGGUGCGAGCAAAAAAGACACGGAGGGCAAACCAUCGCUAGAGGACCAAGUCGUUCAGACCAAUCCUGUACUUGAGGCCUACGGUAACGCCAAGACUGUGCGUAAUGAUAACUCGUCUCGUUUCGGUAAAUUUAUUCGUAUUCACUUCACUGCAUCUGGUAAAUUGGCUGGUGCUGACAUUGAGACAUAUCUGCUAGAGAAGGCUCGUGUCAUUUCGCAGCAGACUUUGGAGCGUUCUUACCACAUCUUCUAUCAGAUGAUGUCCGGAUCUGUUAAAGGAUUGAAAGAAAUGUGCUUCUUGUCCAACGAUAUCUACGAUUACUACAACGUAUCACAGGGUAAAAUUACAAUCCCAAAUGUUGAUGACGGUGAGGAAUGUAGACUGACAGAUGUGGCGUUCGAUGUGCUGGGCUUCACCCAGGAAGAGAAGGACAACAUCUACAAAAUCACGGCUGCCGUCAUGCACAUGGGAGGUAUGAAGUUCAAGCAGAAGGGUCGUGAGGAGCAAGCGGAAGCCGACGGUACGGACGAGGGUGACCGAGUUGCCAAACUGCUGGGUUGCGUUACUGAGGAUCUGUACAAGAACUUGCUGAAACCGCGUAUCAAAGUCGGUACUGAGUACGUCACGAAGGGCCAGAACAAAGAUCAGGUCUCGAACGCCGUUGGUGCCCUUUGCAAGGGUAUUUUUGAUCGUCUGUUCAAAUGGCUGGUCAAGAAGUGUAACGAAACGUUGGACACGAAGCAGAAACGUGCGCAGUUCAUCGGUGUACUGGAUAUUGCUGGUUUUGAAAUUUUCGAUUUCAACGGAUUUGAACAGCUGUGUAUUAACUUCACAAACGAGAAACUGCAACAGUUCUUCAACCAUCACAUGUUUGUCCUGGAACAGGAAGAGUACAAAAAGGAAGGUAUCAACUGGGCUUUCAUUGAUUUCGGUAUGGAUUUGCUAGCAUGUGUCGAACUGAUCGAAAAGCCUAUGGGUAUCCUCUCCAUUCUUGAAGAAGAAUCUAUGUUCCCGAAAGCUACCGAUCAAACAUUCGUUGAGAAGCUGAUUACCAACCAUUUAGGAAAGUCUCCCCCAUUCAUGAAACCGAGACCACCGAAGCCAGGUAUUCCAGCUGGCCACUUUGCCAUCGGUCAUUACGCUGGUGUCGUUUCGUACAACAUCACAGGCUGGCUAGAGAAGAACAAGGAUCCUCUGAACGAUACUGUCGUUGAACAGUUCAAAAAGGGAGAAAACAGCCUUCUGGUGGAAAUCUUCAGUGAAGCCCCACCAGCUGCUGCCGCAGAAGGUGCAGCACCUGCAAAGGGAGGCGGCCGCGGUAAAAAGGGUGCAGCUUUCGCUACAGUGUCGUCGGCUUACAAGGAGCAGCUGAACAAUUUGAUGACCACGCUAUGUUCGACCUCACCUCACUUUGUGCGUUGUAUCAUUCCCAAUGAAUUGAAACAGACUGGCCUAAUCGAUGCUAAACUGGUUAUGCAUCAACUGACCUGUAACGGUGUGCUUGAAGGCAUCCGUAUUUGCCGUAAAGGAUUCCCCAACCGGAUGAUGUAUCCUGAUUUCAAGCAGCGAUAUCUUAUUCUAGCUCCCGCAGCCAUGCAAGCAGAGGCAGAGCCAAAGAAGGCUGCUGAAAAGUGUUUCGAAGCCAUUCAACUGGAUCCUGACUCAUAUCGUAUUGGCCACACUAAGGUAUUCUUCCGCGCUGGUGUCCUGGGUCAAAUGGAAGAUUUCCGAGAUCAGCGUCUAUCAAAGAUCAUGUCAUGGAUGCAGUCGUGGUGUCGAGGCUACUUGUCUCGUGUAGAGUUCAAAAAGAUGCAAUCACAACGUGUCGCUCUGGAAGUUGUUCAACGUAACUUGCGCAAAUACCUGAAACUUCGUACCUGGGGAUGGUGGAAGCUGUGGCAGAAAGUAAAACCUCUGCUGAACGUUUCUCGCGUUGAGGAUCAAAUUGCUAAACUUGAGGAAAAGGCACAGAAAGCUACUGAAGCAUUCGAGAAGGAGGAGAAACUCCGCAAGGAACUUGAAGCAAUGAACAGCAAACUGUUAGCAGAAAAGACUGCCCUGUUGGAUUCCCUAUCGGGAGAAAAGGGAGCUCUCCAGGAGUAUCAAGAAAAAGCUGCAAAAUUGACCGCUCAAAAGAAUGAUCUUGAGAACCAACUCCGUGAUACUCAAGAACGCUUGGCACAAGAAGAAGAUGCCCGCAACCAGCUGUUCCAGACAAAGAAAAAGUUAGAGCAGGAAAUUUCCGGACAGAAGAAGGAUGCUGAAGAUCUCGAGCUUCAGAUUCAAAAAAUCGAACAGGACAAAGCCUCCAAGGAUCAUCAAAUUCGUAAUCUGAACGACGAAAUCGCUCAUCAAGAUGAACUUAUCAAUAAAUUGAAUAAGGAAAAGAAAAUGCAGGGCGAAGUGAAUCAGAAGACUGCAGAAGAAUUGCAAGCUGCAGAAGAUAAAGUAAACCACUUGAACAAAGUAAAAGCCAAGCUCGAACAGACUCUUGAUGAGUUGGAAGAUUCUUUGGAACGCGAGAAGAAGCUGCGCGGCGAUGUCGAUAAAGCGAAGCGCAAGGUUGAAGGAGACCUUAAGUUGACUCAAGAAGCAGUGAAUGAUCUCGAACGCAGCAAAAAAGAAAUGGACCAAACGAUUAUGCGUAAAGACAAAGAGAUCUCAGCGUUGUCCGCCAAACUGGAAGACGAACAAAAUUUGGUGGGAAAACUACAAAAGCAAAUCAAGGAACUGCAAGGUCGCAUUGAAGAGCUGGAGGAAGAGGUUGAAGCUGAACGUCAAGCGCGUGCAAAGGCCGAAAAGCAACGUGCUGAUUUGGCUCGAGAACUUGAAGAACUGGGCGAGCGUCUGGAGGAAGCUGGCGGAGCAACCUCUGCGCAGAUUGAACUGAACAAAAAACGUGAAGCUGAACUGGCGAAACUACGUCGUGACUUGGAGGAAGCCAAUAUACAGCACGAAGGUACCUUGGCCAAUCUGCGUAAGAAGCAUAAUGAUGCUGUUGCGGAGAUGGCUGAGCAAGUGGAUCAGCUCAAUAAGCUUAAGACAAAGGCUGAACACGAUCGUGCCAACAUGUAUAAUGAGCUCAACAAUACUCGUUCUGCAUGCGAUCAGCUAUCACGUGAAAAGGCUGCCCAAGAGAAGAUUGCCAAGCAACUGCAGCAUACCUUAAAUGAAGUACAAGGCAAGCUGGAUGAAACCAACCGUACCUUGAACGACUUUGAUGCCGCUAAGAAGAAACUUUCAAUUGAAAACUCCGAUUUGCUCCGCCAACUGGAAGAUGCCGAAUCUCAAGUGUCUCAACUCAGUAAGAUCAAGAUUUCCCUUACCCAACAACUUGAAGAUACGAAACGAUUGGCCGAUGAGGAAGCCCGAGAACGGGCCACUUUGCUAGGUAAGUUCCGCAACUUAGAACACGAUCUGGACAAUCUCCGAGAACAGGUAGAGGAAGAAGCGGAAGGCAAGGGAGACAUUCAGCGCCAGCUAAGCAAAUCCAAUGCAGAAGCACAGUUAUGGCGCAGCAAGUAUGAAUCUGAAGGAGUGGCUCGUGCAGAAGAAUUGGAGGAAGCUAAGAGGAAACUUCAGGCUCGCCUUUCUGAAGCCGAAGAAACCAUUGAAUCUCUGAAUCAGAAAUGUAUUGCUCUAGAGAAGACUAAGCAGCGCCUAUCUACUGAGGUGGAAGAUCUGCAGCUUGAAGUCGACAGGGCUUCAUCGAUAGCGAAUGCAGCAGAAAAGAAACAAAAAGCAUUUGAUAAAAUUAUUGGAGAAUGGAAACUCAAGGUUGACGACUUGGCUGCUGAGUUGGAUGCAUCUCAGAAAGAAUGCCGCAACUAUUCGACUGAGCUGUUCCGACUUAAAGGUGCUUACGAAGAAGGUCAAGAACAACUUGAAGCUGUUCGCCGAGAAAACAAAAACUUGGCUGACGAAGUCAAGGAUCUCCUCGACCAAAUUGGUGAAGGUGGUAGAAAUAUUCAUGAGAUCGAGAAGUCUCGUAAGCGGUUAGAGGCAGAGAAAGAUGAACUGCAGGCCGCUCUAGAGGAAGCAGAAGCUGCCUUAGAACAGGAAGAAAAUAAGGUCCUACGAGCACAGCUGGAGCUUUCUCAGGUGAGACAAGAAAUCGACAGGCGUAUUCAAGAAAAGGAGGAAGAAUUCGAAAAUACCCGUAAGAAUCACCAGCGAGCACUUGAUUCCAUGCAAGCAUCUCUGGAAGCCGAAGCAAAGGGCAAAGCUGAGGCCUUACGUAUGAAGAAGAAGCUGGAAGCUGACAUCAAUGAACUUGAAAUUGCACUGGAUCAUGCAAAUAAGGCAAAUGCAGAAGCUCAAAAGAAUAUCAAACGCUAUCAACAACAACUCAAGGAUAUUCAAGGCGCCCUCGAAGAGGAACAGAGGGCACGCGAUGAUGCUCGAGAACAACUUGGCAUCUCUGAGCGUCGUGCGAAUGCUCUGCAAAAUGAACUAGAGGAAUCAAGAACAUUACUCGAACAAGCCGAUCGUGGCCGUCGUCAAGCAGAACAAGAACUUAGCGAUGCCCAUGAACAGCUAAACGAAGUAUCGGCACAAAAUGCAUCUAUUGCAGCAGCAAAGAGGAAACUUGAGUCUGAGCUGCAAACGUUACACUCCGAUCUCGAUGAGUUACUGAAUGAGGCUAAGAAUUCCGAAGAGAAAGCCAAAAAAGCUAUGGUUGAUGCUGCCCGUCUAGCCGAUGAACUUAGAGCAGAACAAGACCAUGCACAAACGCAGGAAAAACUACGGAAAGCUCUUGAGCAACAGAUCAAAGAGCUCCAGGUGCGUUUAGACGAAGCAGAAACCAAUGCUUUGAAGGGAGGUAAGAAGGCAAUCCAGAAACUGGAACAGAGAGCACGUGAAUUAGAGUCUGAACUGGAUAACGAACAAAGGAGGCAUGCCGAUGCGCAGAAGAACCUCCGCAAAUCAGAACGUCGCAUUAAGGAGCUAACCUUCCAGUCGGAAGAGGACCGUAAGAACCACGAACGAAUGCAGGAUCUUGUUGAUAAGCUACAGCAGAAGAUCAAGACCUACAAGAGGCAGAUCGAGGAAGCCGAAGAAAUUGCCGCAUUGAAUCUUGCUAAAUUCCGCAAGGCGCAACAAGAACUGGAGGAAGCAGAGGAACGAGCUGACAUUGCCGAACAAGCAGCGACGAAAUUCCGCUCAAAGGGAGGUCGUUCUGGGUCGGCACAACGAGGUGCUAGUCCAGCAGUAAGUACAAUGUAAGUGUGGACAGCGCGUCAAUUCUAUUGUAAAUUGCAUAGAUCAUAGUCGGAUGUAAGCGAGAAGUAGCAGUAUUAAUGCAAAAUAAAUUGUAUGGCACAAAAUUUCCAAUCCUUUACGAGUUUUUUAUGACGCCAGGAAGAUCCGUUACGCGAUGAAAUAAGUGAUUGUUAAAAAAUGUAUAAAAAUAAAUGCAAAAACAUUUAUAAUUUAUUUUAUAAAUAAUAAAUGCGAACAUAAAGGGGACGUGCAAACAGAACAAACGCAAUAAACAUGAUUUUAUAUCAUUUUCGAAGUAAA